AAGGCUUCUGUUGACAGGAAGCGGAAGUGGUCCUUUUACUCCUGCUAGCUAGUCUAAGACAGCAGCGAUAAGACAUCCUUUCGUGGAUAGUUGGAAAUACAGUCAACAUGCCUGUUUUAGCGUAUAAAGCGUGAACAUUCCCACCAACAUGAACAACAUUAUGGAGGAACAGGAGAGGGAUACUCUCCUUGCUGCAGUCCCCGAGUCCCAAGUUUUGACGCCGGGUCCUGGCACUGGCAGCAGCUCAAGACCAAGGGCUACAGAUGGGGGCAUCAGACCUUUGGAGAAAAGGGGACCCUACAUCAUGUCCAAAGCCUCAGCCAUUCACAUGAAACUACAGAAACACCGAGAAAUGGCCCGCAAAGCAAUGAAGAAAAAUGGCCUUACCUCAGGGGGUCCAGUGAUGCAACAGCCCAGGCAAGGAGGAAAGAGAAGUGUGAAGUUCAACAAAGGUUAUGCCGCUUUGACUCAGCACGCUGAAGAUACACUGGUAGCAUUGGAAUCAGACAGUGAUGAUGAGCUAGAUGUUGAGCAGUAUUCCUCAGGAUACUCUUCAGCUGAGGUGCACCCAGACCUGAGCAGGCAGCUGCUGCAGGAUGGAUACCGGCUGGAUGAGAUCCCUGAUGACGAGGACCUGGACCUUAUUCCCCCUAAAGCCAUGGGUUCCUCAGCCUGCUGCUGCGCUGAGGACCCAUCGUGCUCCGUGCAGUGAGGAGGGCACUUAGUGCGGUGACCUGGCUGACCCUGCAGCUCUGUGUUUAAAGACUGGACCUCUGUUACCCUGACCUUAGCCACUGUCUAAGCAUGGAACCCCCCCUAACACUUUAAAUGGCUAGCCACUGUUUUUGCAGCGCUCUCUACACCCUAACUAACCUUAAGCAUGGACUGAAGUCAUCCAAAGCCUUAGCCACUGUCCAAGCAGGGCUCUCUGUCACCCCAAAGGUUGACCUCUGUGUUAUUUUGGAACUAGAUUAAAUGCUAACCACGUUGCAUCCCCUCUCAAUAGACAGGUGCAGGGUGAUUAAUCUCUAGGCUUGCACUACACUCAUUCACCUGAUGGAGAAGGUCUUGUUGUCCUCUUUGACAUAUCACUCCCAGGUCUAUUUAAACAUAGAAAAUUGAUAUGCAAGGUAAUAUGCAUACAGCAAAUGUCCUAGAGCGGUUUGAAGGCUAAAGCUUUUUCUGCAAGCUUGUCUUGCUCCAAUUCACUUUUUUUUCAAAGUAAGCCCUUUGAAAACAAACCUGAACAUUCCAUAACUAUAGCUUCAUUGAGUUGAAAUUUUUAAUCCAUCUUCCUAAAAUUCCUUGUUUUGUUGUAAAUCCCUGGUAUUAAUCUUGGGUCUAACCUCAGACCCUUAGGUGUCUUUGACACUACAUGGUUUACUUGUAUAUGAAUUAAUGCUUUAAAAUAUAUAGGGAUACUAUCACUUACUCUUAUGUCAGGCUGCCUUCCAAUGCUUUGUCCAAAAAAAGUUAUGUAAAAGGGUUACAAAAUGGCACUGUUUACUGUAAUGUUACAGCAAUGAGAACUCUGGUCAAUCUUGUCCUGCAUGUUAGAUGUAACAUUACAGCCCAUGGUGUCACUUAGGUUAACCACUACCUCCUGACAAUGCUGUACACAACAACACAAUAACCCACUUGAUCCUCUUUGUCUACUACGUAUAGUAGUUACUAGAUACUCAGAGGGACAUGCAUAUGAUAUCAGAAGGCGAUCUGAACAGACAACAGACCUACCUGUUACAUUUUGAUCAUUCUCUCUCUCGCAUGUCACUCAGCAAAUUGUACAUUUUCCCACCCUAAUGUUAGUGUUUUGGUAUCUUCUGGUUUUAAAAGCAAGCAGUACAUUGUGAGUACACUAAACAUUUUGAAGAAUUCUGUCUGUGUUGUCAAGCAUUAGAAUGGGUGAUUCUCAUCACUCAAGCCCUUACUUGUGUGGCUAAAGAUAAGUGUGUUUGCUAGUUGCUGUUUAUCAAUGCAGACCUAAUGUGGAAGUGUGUGUUGGUCUGGCUGCGUUUACACAAGUGACCCAAUUCUGAUAUUUUUCACUAAUUGGUCUUUGACUAAUCACAUCAGCUUUGAAAAAAGAGCUGACAUGGAGAGAUCUGGCAUGAUUGGUCAAAACACCAAUUUAGUAGAAAGAAUAUCAGAAUUGGGCUGCCUGUUUAAACGCAGCCAUUGAGUGCUUGACCUGUGUCACUAGAAAGAUAAAUAUUGGACUCAUCACCAUCCAGUGCAGUCAGUAGCCAGUACACUGCACUUGCCUGUACUAUGCAACUAAUGGGACAAUCUGCUUCUGUAUCCUAGUUAAAACAAUAUACCAAGUGUUACUGAGUGCUAAAUGCAUUAACUUGAAAUAUUAUUAUGUAAAGGGAACACUAUUUUUAUUUGAUUAUAAAUAUUGUUUUUGCUAUAUUCAAUAUAAUUAAUUAAUAUACA